AUGUUGCUCCCACAGCUACGGACAAGGGCGAAUGUCUCAUUCAUCACAACAUCCAGAAUAACUUCACGAUAUAUCCGCUCAAUCUCAACAUCCUCCUCUCGAAGAUCCUCCCACGAUGACGAGCCAAAACUCAAUAAGGUCUCCGCUACCAUUACCCAGCCGAAAUCCCAAGGAGCUUCCCAGGCCAUGCUCUACGCGACCGGCCUCACAGACGAGAGGAGGAACAAAGCCCAGGUUGGAAUCUCUUCGGUAUGGUACACCGGGAACCCGUGCAACAUGCACCUCCUGGAUCUCAACCACCGCGUGAAGGAGGGCGUAGAAAGGGCGGGCUUGGUCGGAUACCAAUUCAACACCAUCGGAGUCUCGGACGGCAUGUCUAUGGGGACAAAGGGUAUGCGGUAUUCCUUGCAAUCGAGAGACUUGAUUGCAGACAGUAUCGAGACUGUGAUGGGUGGGCAAUGGUACGACGCCAAUAUCUCUAUUCCCGGAUGCGACAAGAAUAUGCCAGGUGUCAUGAUGGCUAUGGGCAGAGUCAACCGCCCUGCUUUGAUGGUCUACGGAGGCUCUAUCAAGCCUGGAUGCUCAAAAACACAGAACAAUGCACCGAUUGACAUUGUCUCUGCUUUCCAAGCCUACGGUCAGUUCAUCACUGGCGAGAUUACGGAGGAGGUCAGAGACGACAUCAUCCACAACGCAUGUCCCGGUGAAGGAGCCUGCGGAGGCAUGUACACCGCCAAUACUAUGGCUACGGCCAUUGAAGUGAUGGGCAUGUCACUCCCUGGCUCCUCUUCCAACCCUGCUCAAUCCCAGGCCAAAUACCUCGAAUGCCUCGCAGCCGGUGGUGCCAUCAAGAAGCUGCUCCAAGAAGAUAUUCGACCACGCGAUAUCAUGACCCGCAAAGCCUUCGAGAAUGCCAUGAUCGUCGUAAACAUCACUGGAGGCUCUACAAACGCCGUGCUGCACUUGAUCGCCAUUGCCGACUCCGUUGGUGUGAAACUCACUAUCGAGGACUUCCAAGCCGUAUCGGAUCGCACGCCCUUCCUCGCAGACCUCAAGCCGUCCGGAAAGUAUAUCAUGCACGAUCUAUUCCAAAUCGGCGGUACAGCUUCCAUGCUCAAAUUCCUUCUCAAAGAGGGCGUCAUCGACGGCUCCGGCAUGACCGUCACAGGCGAGACACUGGCCCAGAACCUGGAGAAGGUCCCCGACUUCCCCUCGGACCAGGAUAUCAUCCGUCCCUUCUCCAACCCUAUCAAGCCCACCGGGCACAUCCAGAUUCUGCGCGGCUCUCUCGCACCAGGCGGCUCCGUAGGCAAGAUUACCGGCAAGGAAGGCACGCGCUUCGUCGGGAAAGCCAAGUGCUACGAUGCCGAAGACCUCUUCAUUGAAGCACUGGAGCGCGGUGAGAUCAAGAAGGGCGAGAAGACCGUCGUCGUGAUCCGCUAUGAGGGUCCCAAGGGUGGGCCCGGCAUGCCUGAGAUGCUGAAGCCCUCAUCGGCCAUCAUGGGAGCCGGCCUCGGCAACGACGUUGCGCUCAUCACAGACGGGCGUUUUAGCGGCGGAAGCCACGGCUUUCUGAUCGGCCACAUCGUUCCCGAGGCUCAGGAAGGCGGACCGCUGGGACUGGUACGCGACGGCGACGAGAUAGUGAUUGAUGCCGAGAAGCGGGUGCUGGAUUUGAUGGUCGAGGAGAGCGAGCUGGCUGUUCGGCGGAAGGAGUUUGUGCCGAAGCCGUUGAAGUACACGAAGGGCACGCUGGCGAAGUACCAGCGGGUUGUGGGUGACGCGAGUCACGGGUGUAUAACUGAUGGGGAUUUUGUGGCUGCAUAA